CCACUCCCACUCUCAUCACAACCACAACCAAUUCUCUCUUCCCUUCGCUCUCUCAUGGCUCUCACUUCCACUACUCUCCUUCAUUCCCCCCAAUCCCACCUCCCAAUCCCAUCCCAAACCUUCAUCCAUGGUGCCUUUGCGCCUUGUCUCCCUCCCAGCAACCUUCUCUACAGCCGCGGCGUCUUGAGGAGGUGCAGGAUGCCGAUGAUCGUGAAGAACAGCGGGAGGUCGGUGGAUUUGGCGCCUGGUUCGUCGAGCGUGUCUAAUCCGGAACGGAAGUUUCGGAUUCUGAUCGCUGGAGGUGGGAUUGGUGGGCUGGUGUUUGCCCUUGCGGCGAAGAGGAAAGGGUUUGAUGUGAUGGUGUUUGAGAAGGAUUUAAGUGCGAUUAGAGGAGAAGGGCAGUACCGGGGACCGAUCCAGAUACAGAGCAACGCUCUUGCUGCGUUGGAGGCCAUUGAUAUGGAUGUUGCUGAGGAGGUCUUGCGGGCUGGGUGCAUUACUGGGGACCGGAUUAACGGCCUUGUUGAUGGAAUCUCUGGCACUUGGUAUAUCAAGUUUGAUACAUUUACUCCUGCAGCGGAACGAGGUCUUCCUGUUACAAGAGUCAUUAGUCGUAUGACAUUACAACAAAUAUUGGCUCGUGCUGUUGGGGAUGAUGUCAUUCUUAAUGCCAGUAAUGUUGUUGAUUUUGUGGACAAUGGCUCCACGGUUACAGUAAUACUUGAGAAUGGGCAGAAGUAUGACGGUGAUCUUCUUGUAGGGGCUGAUGGUAUAUGGUCAAAGGUGCGUAAGGUCUUGUUUGGACACUCGGAGGCAUCUUAUUCAGGCUAUACUUGCUACACUGGCAUUGCUGAUUUUGUGCCUCCGGAUAUUGAAACUGUUGGGUAUCGCGUGUUUCUUGGCCACAAACAAUAUUUUGUUUCUUCAGAUGUUGGUGCUGGGAAAAUGCAGUGGUAUGCAUUUCAUAAAGAGCCACCUGGGGGCACUGAUGUUCCUAAUGGUAAAAAGGAGAGGUUGCUCAAAAUAUUUGGUGGCUGGUGUGAUAAUGUAAUUGAUUUGUUACUUGCAACGGAUGAGGAAGCAAUUCUACGACGUGACAUCUAUGAUCGUAUACCUGUUUUUAGUUGGGGAAAAGGUCGUGUAACCUUGCUUGGGGACUCUGUGCAUGCUAUGCAACCAAAUAUGGGUCAAGGUGGUUGUAUGGCUAUUGAGGAUGGCUUUCAGCUUGCCUUAGAACUUGAGAAGGCUUGGACAAAAAGUGUUGAGUCUGGGACUCCAUUAGAUGUUUUUUCUGCUUUGAAAAGUUAUGAGGAGGCAAGGAGAAUUCGUGUGGCUAUUAUAUAUGGAAUGGCAAGAAUGGCCGCUAUUAUGGCCUCAACUUAUAGGCCUUAUCUUGGUGUUGGGCUUGGUCCUUUGUCGUUUUUAACCAAGCUUCGGAUACCACAUCCUGGAAGAGUUGGUGGGAGAUUUUUCAUCAAGAUAGCAAUGCCACUUAUGCUAAGCUGGGUUCUUGGUGGUAACAGUGAAAAACUUGAAGGAAGGCCACUGUGUUGCCGACUCUCUGACAAGGCAAGCGAUGAUCUUCAGAGGUGGUUUGAAGAUGAUGAUGCGCUAGAGCGUGCUCUUGGUGGAGAGUGGUACCUUUUUCCUGCUGGAAAUGAAAACAAUGAAUUAUUACAGCCCAUUCAUCUUCCUAAAGAUGCGCAAACACCAUAUCUCAUUGGGAAGAAGCAUUCGCAUGCUGACAUACCAGGAACAUCUAUUGCCUUGCCUUUACCUCAGGUAGAUGAACUUCAUGCACGUAUUACUUGUAAAGAUAAUGCCUUCUACUUGACCGACAUGCAAAGUCAACAUGGUACCUGGAUUUCAGAUAAUGAAGGCAGGCAGUAUAGAGCACCCCCUAAUUUCCCUGUCAAGCUACGCCCUUCAGACAUAAUUGAGUUUGGAUCUGAUAAGAAGGCUGUAUUCCGCGUAAAAGUGCUAAAUACAUUGCCACCACCAACGCAAAAUGAAGGGCGGCAAGUUUUGCAGCCAGUGUAGAAAAUACACUAUCUUUUUUAUGCUCAAUCUCUUUACAAUGCAGAAGCACUCACAACAACAUACUGGAUGGAUUCCCUAAAGAAGAUUGUCACACAAAGCACAUGAAUACACUUGUUAGGAAUCUGUUCAUUGUUCUGUCAAAACAUCUGUAAGUAGGAUCACAUGUUGUCAAUCUCAUCAAAAUCAAAAUCUAGCAUUUCUAUUGUUUCAUUCUGUUGGAUAGUCCUCUUUUUUAUUGUUUGUUGUCGAAGUUUUUCAUUUUGUGAUUGAUCAGAAAUACCUUAGUUUUAUC